UAGGUAAUCAGCACAUCGUUGUGGUGUCGUUAUGUCAAGGUAUCCAUUUCAGUUGAAUGAGGUCAUCAUUCACACUUCACCAAAAAUAACAAAAGAACGUGGAUGCAUAGUGUAAAAAUAAUUUCCUGAAGAUAAACUCUGAUUUUGUUUGAUUUACAAAACAUUAAGUGAAAGAAGAAGUAAAAGUCGUAUUGAUUUUAGUUGGAAGAUUUAUUUGUGGUUUUAAAAGCAUAUCAUGUUGGACAUUUAAAACGUGGUGUUGAUCAAAGAAAAUGUUUAUUUUAAUGUUGGUAUGUUCCAUGUUGGGAUUAAGCGAAGCUGGUUUUUACUUCUACAAAAUCCAUCAAGGAGAUCGAUAUAUGAACUAUUCAUGGACCGACACUGAGUACACCAAUCCACCAAAAUCUAACUCAGACAUUUUAAAUCGUGGUACUGGUUGUUUAUUUUCUGGAAAAAAUCGUCAACAUUCAAAUCCGUUUACCUCGAAAUGUUGGAUUGGAUGGACAAAAAAGCGACACUCAAACCCAUUUAUUUUAAUAGCUUUAGAUCGAGUCAGCCGGAUCGAAUCGAUUACGUUAUUAACAUAUGUCAAUCAAAGUAUGGGUGCUGGGCCAAUUAAAAACAUAACUGUGAAAGCAAGCAAAAGGUUAAGGCGCUUGCAGUUGGUUGGUCAUGUUUGUACACCAAGGUCCGCAUAUUUAAAGGAACCAAAACAUUACGAGUUUCAUAUUGGAUUAAAAAAUUUGACUGUUAGAUUUAUAAAACUUGACUUACAAUAUUCUCUGAAUUGGAUCUUGAUACGAUAUUUAGUUGUAAAGAAAACAGGAGACAGCGCAAACACGAUAAGAGCAAAGAAAGAACUCGAACUUACAAAUUCAUCAUCACGGUGUAAUUUAUCCAUACAUGCAGAGAUGUAUCUGAAUGACAACGACAGAAUGGCUUUUGUUAUUGUGGCAGCUGUUGUUGGCAUGGUAAUCUGUUGCGUUUUGUCGUUAUUGACAUAUUAUUGUCGUAAACGUCUGAGGCGUUUAUUGACGAAUCAACCUAAAAAAUCAACAUUUUUCUUCGACAAUGAGUUCGUUAAUAUAGUAACGCCGGAAAAUUUUCCCGACAAAAAUGAAAAUAACGACGCAUAUUCGUGUGAGCGUUCAAGAAGAAACAACAACGAACCGUCAAAGUUAGCUGUCAAAGAUGAAUUAAAGGUACCACUUUCUCCAACACUAACGAACAUACCUGAACAGGAAUAUAGCAGUUUCACUGAAAAGGACGUAUAUGUAAAUGAUUUUAAAACGAGAACAAUUAGCAGAUCUUCUACCAAGUCGAAACGCUUCAGAUAUUCACGAAAAUCUCGACGGCUCACAAAGAAACGUCGUGAGUCGUAUAAUAGCGUUAUGUCGUCUAGUUUAUAUUCAGAGUACGCCGUGCCGUGUCGGAUUAGAAGAAAGAAAUAUAAAGUGAUCAGUAGAGAUAAAUUGAUAUUCAGGGAACAGAUCGGUGUCGGACAAUUCGGAGAGGUCCAUAUUGCCGAAGCAAUCGGAUUGGAUGAUAUUUAUAAUAACAACAGUAUUAGGCGCAUGCGUGCAGGCGAUACCACAUACGUUGCCGUGAAGACAUUAAAAGCUCUGGAUAAAAAUAUUGAGACAGAGUUUAUGAAAGAAGUGAAUGUAAUAUCCCAACUAACACACGAAAAUGUUGUGCGGUUGCUAGGGGUGUGCACAGAGGCUCCGCUCUUGAUGGUAGUCGAGUAUAUGCAAAAUGGCGAUUUAAACCAGUUUCUGAAACAACACUUUCCUGUGAUCUCUUCUAGCGAAAUUUCUUCUUACGAUGCCAAUGUAUUACACCCGGACGCUUUGCUUUACAUGAUUGAACAAAUUGCUUCUGGGAUGAGGUAUUUGCACUCAAAAGGUUUUAUACAUCGAGACUUAGCCACAAGAAAUUGUCUUGUUGGACCAGCUUAUAAAGUAAAAAUAGCUGAUUUUGGAAUGAGUCGAUAUUUACACUCAAAGCAAUAUUAUAGAGUUGAAGGGCAAGUUGUUUUGCCUAUUCGUUGGAUGGCACCAGAAUCUAUACUUUAUGGUACCUUCACAAAACAAACAGACAUUUGGAGUUUUGGUGUCAUGUUAUGGGAAAUCCUCACUUUUGCAAGAGAAGCUCCUUACGCGCGGUUAGAAGAUAGUGAUGUAAUAUGCAAUGCUUAUAAAUCAGUUCAAAAACCGAAAGAUAGAUUCCCGAUGCUUCAUCAGCCGGAACACUGUCCAGAUGAUAUAUAUGACUUGAUGAUAAGUUGCUGGGAUUUAAACGCGGGGAAAAGACCCUCGUUUUCAUAUUUGUAUAAAUAUUUUCACGAGCAGUGGGAUAGCGAAGAAAUCGAAAUUUAGGUUAAUAUGCGGAAACUAUACAAGCACAAAAGAAAUGCUUUUUACAGACUAACACAGCAUGACAAACGAAGAAAAAAGUCGUGACCUGAAAAACAUUCAUUCUCAACAACCAGCUGAAAAUUACGAGUAUAAUUAUUAUAGGGAUGUAUAUAGAUGGAAUUGUUUAUUUUAGAAUAUAUAGAUUUAUUUAUAA